CUCGAAUAUCACUCGUUGCUACCCGGUUGAUCACAAGAUAUGAGAUACGGAUCGGACCGUAAAGAUUUAUAUGAAGUCUCCGGGCGCUGAUCACGAUUUUCACACUUGAAAAUGGAAGAUAUGAAAGCCAAAGAAAACACUCACAAACCACUCGAGGAAGUUGUCCAGUCAACUUCUUGUCAGCUGAACAGAAAGCGAUUUUCAGGGGCCCAGAGUUUUGAUGUGCCAUCGAGAAAUUAUGUGACUAAGAAACCUAACCUUUACUUGACAGAAAAAAGAAGUCCCAGUUUCCCUUCAAUGCACGGCGACUCAAACGGAUUGUCAAAGAGUAUGGUCGAUUUGCCGUCACGAAAUCUGAACGGUUUUCGAAAGAGCGUCAUGUUCGAAGAGGAUAUUUUUGCUCACAAGGAGAUGUUGCAACGGGCUCGGAAUCGCUUUAAGGAACUAGAACUGAAGUAUCCUGAAAUUUUCAAGAACUCUUCCAGAACGUCUUCGUUUUCUUCAUCUGGUUCAAAUCAGCAUAAUGGAAGCAUCGAUCGCUCUCAAUCGCUCGACCCGAAAUCAGUUGAGCAUCAAGAAAUACAAACAACGAAAUCAGAUAUAUUACAAGUGCUUCGAAGUGGAACAAACGAUCAGAGUUCCACUGUUGUUGCCACCACAUCAAGACGGAGGCCUCCUCCUCUUUCGGUAGCUAUGAAACUGCAUAACCUCGAGGAUAGUUGCGAUAGUGCGUUUGAUGAUAUCGACCGCGAGUCGGUACAUUCAAAAACGUCCCAUGAACCGACGCCGACCUCAAUUAGCAAAAAUCACUUUCUUUACCCAGGAGAGAGCAUGGAGUCAGACAAGGACAGUGGAAUAUCUACAGAUCGUCCAUGUACUCCAAAUUCAAGGUCUUCCAGGCCUACAAGAUGGGAAGAUCCACAACAAAGCGGCCAACAAUCUUAUCCGUCUACUCGAUCGAAGUCACUGAGUUUGACAGCCUUGCCGUUGACAAAUUCUCUGGAGUAUGCUAGCUUCGACUCUGAGAGUCAGAGGAGUCGAAGUGUGGAUCGACGAGGAAUUCUUAAAUCUGUGGCCUACAGAAAUCAGGAAAUUAAGACGGAAAGCUUUGAUAUCGCACCAAGUUCAAGCAAUUCUUCUUUAAACUGUCAACGGAGUCGAAGCGGAUCUUUGACUGAAGGUGUGAGAAGAGGUAAGUUCCAACACGACAUAAUGAUUUCUGGACCCAAUCUUUGCACCUCUUUUCCUUUUUAAAUAAUUUUCUACAUGUGUUUAUUUAUUUACAUGGUGUUGAUUAAGGGGUUUUGAUUUUUUUAUUUUUUUCAGUAAACCCUUUUAGUUUCCUGUUGAACGAUCAAUGAGAUUAAUCUUUGAAUAUUUCAUAAGUUACAGCUAGCGAAUUAUUGCUACCUUUGAGGCAUGAAAUGUAUGCAAGUAGUUUGAACCUCUUGGGGUAUUGAUUUGCAUUUAAGAGAGUUUUGUUACACUUUUUCUAAAGGAAAAAUGUUGUCCUCUUUUUAUUCAAUACAUAUGUAUUUUAACUAAUUCUGAGAUGCAAACAAUGAAUUAAUAUUGCACAGGAUGAAACUGAUUCGAACCUUGCCGAUCUCAAACCUAUUUUCGGUUGGGGUGCUAUUUUGAAUUUUUGUUUUGCGAGGCGGUGAAAGUAACAUAAAUUUAAAUGUUAUUUGGAGUUGAGUUUUCACUCGGGGGCGUCCGAAAGUCAGGAAGUAGUGAUAGUAGAUAUGUCUUCCAUAAUUUAAUGACCACGAAAUUUACGCACUUCUCUAGUCAAGGUCACCUAAUGCUAUAAAAGAAGGUCACAUUUUCUCGGUCUAAUGUUGUUGUUGAGCGCCAGAUGUAUUGUUCGAUUUUUAUUUUACUUUUGGUGUUUUAAAUAAUUUUCAGAAAUGAUUUGCUCGCCAUUUUUAUUUUGCCUUGGGCCAUUUCCGAAUGCUCGUUUCCGUCGAAUGACGCAAAAACUAUAUGUAAUAUGUUUUCGAUUAAGAUCUCCGUCUAAAAAUAGUCUUCUAAUCCAGAAAUAAGUGAACGCAUUUGAUUGAAUUGGUUGGAUUCAGGUGUCGGUGAUUUAAGAAUACCCAGAGAAAUAAGAAUUGGUAGCAUAUUAUAUAAGUUAAAUUUUUUUUGCGCUUUCGUGUCUUGCAAAAUAGAGCAAUAUUUCCAUUUUGCCCUAUCGCUUACUUAUUUAUUAUCCUAUAUUUGUUCAAUGUUUGGUUAAAAGGCUGAUCAAAAUUGAUUGCUACUGGAAAAAGUGCCGAUUUAUGGCCAAGUAAGGAGUACAUGUUAUUUGUUCGAUAAUGGUUACAUUAAAGCGAUAGGAGAUAAUUUGUUACUGUGGGUAGCGCAUUUGUUUACACUCUGUCGGCCUUUUAACAGGUAGCGCUGAAAGUAGACUGCGCGCGAAGAUUUAUUUUGCAAAUUUUGCUAAAAAUCAGGGGAUGGGUGAUAUUUUUUUCAUUCAUCAUUCUCUUAACCAAUAAAUUAUUUUCGCACCGUGGAUGUGUGACAAGGAAUCAUUUUUGCAAUAGAAAGCCAGACAGCCGACUUUUUGAAUUAAUACCAACGCGAUCUUUUGUUGCAAUGUUUCAGAAAGACAAUUUAGUCGAAGCUCAAACAAUAACUAGUUAAUAUGAAUGAUCGUUUUUUACAUUUAUAAAUUUAUUUUUUGCUCUUUGUAUCUACAUGCAGUUAGUAGGAGUCGUAAAAAUACAUUUACUCAGUCAAAUACUCUUGCUCUUAAAUUAUGUGACAUACUCUCCAGAAUUAAGAAAAAAAAAUUUGUAAAACUAUUCAUUAAAAUUUUUACUCAUUGGAAUAUUAUAUUUUGUCAUAAAAUGAUUUGGAAGCGAGUUUGAGAGUAUAUUGACCAUUCAUUUUCCUUGCUUUGAAAAUCAUUGUUACCAUGUUUUUGAAAUAUAUGUAAUACAUAUAAUUUUCAUUUAACACUGUAGAAAAAAAAAAGAUUUCCUUUGUAUUUUCUUUUUGUGUUGAUUUUGGUAAGAUUAAAGGCUGUUGCUAUUUUGCCUGCCAGCAUGUACAUGAAAUAUACCGUUUUUUUUUUUAAUUUGGUAAUAAUGGCAACUGUGCAGUAACAAUGUAAUUUCUUUGUUGAAAGUAUCAAAAGGAAAAAAGCUUACUUCAAGCCUGAAGAAUCAGAAGAAAUUUAAAGAUUUUGUUCAUUUGAUUAAUUUUUUUUUUGCUAUUCAUGGAUGUCUAUGAAUAUAAGCACAAUAUCACAAGAUUAUAGAGAUUAAAUUAUCUUAUACAAAUUAACAAUUUUCUUAAAAUAACACAGCAAUCCUGGAAGGAUAUCAGGAGUUGCCAACUAAUGUGAUAUAUGUUGGGAGAGAAAUUAACUUUUUCGUUUAUUGACUAGCUGUUUUAGAACACAGCUUGAUUAUUAACAGUGAAGGCAGAAAGAAUGGCAUGUUUGAGAAUCAAAGCUAGCAAUUGGUGGCUGUUUAUAGACAUAAGAAAGGUAUUUUCAUGUAUUACCUUGUGACAUGUCAUCAAGUUCUGCUUGGGUGCAAUACUUUCAAGCUGCCAAAUAUUUCCUUCCUGAUAAAUAUUUCCUGUUCAUGUGCCUAGUUGUAUGUAAAUAAACAAUUACUCUUUGGCACAUUUUCUUUGGAUAUAUUUAGUGACAAGGGCUGUAAUGUUUGAAAUAAUGUCUUCACUUGACCUUGGAACUUGAUGUGCUAAAUUGAGUUUUGCAUGAUUUUAGAUGGAAUUUGUUUUUAAUGUUUGUGUGUGUGCUAAACAAAUGAGUUUGGCUUAAUUUUUUUUUUCAGUGUAAAGCAGCAAAAUGUAUUGCAGUUUUUAUGUUUAUUCUAGACCACAAAGCACUUUUGCUCCUGAGACCUGAGAGGGAAUUUCUCUUACUGUUGUGACAAUGCAUUUUGUUGCUGGCUCUUACAAAGAGAUUUGGGUGACAUCAACAUAGUAUCCACUUGAUGAUAAUUUUCUCAAUUCUCAUCUUCUGUCUACCUGGUGGUCUAUUUGUUGUAUUUUCACAGGUUCAAGCAUUUAUCGCAGGAACAUCUUUUUGCAAAGUCGCAGUUUUAGUGGGAGCCAAGAUGAGACAGAUUCUGAUGCAGAGACAGUGUGUAGUGUUCAAAGUGAGUAUAUUUUGCGGCCUCACAUGUCAGCGCGUGACAGAUAUUUCAGCACAUAUCAGCUCAAUACCAUUUCUGAAGGAGAACCUAGAGACUUGAUCAGAACCCAGAAAUGGAGAAGCAUGCCUGAGCUAGGUAGAAGUCACAGUCUUGGAAAUGUGUCUUUCUAUGGAGACUCUUUAGCUGCCGGUUUUGAUGAAGAUAGGAAGAAAAAGAAGAAACGAAAGUUUGGUCGCCGAUCUGGUCUAUAUGUUGUAAAUGACAUGCCAGUGAGUGAAAAACCCAGGUUGUCCAUUGACAAAGGCAAGAGUAAAACAAAACGUUCAUCAAUAUUCCUUAAGAAUAAGUCAAAGAAAGAAUCCUCACACAUUAAUGAGCUGACAAAGAAAUGGUUUGACUCUACAACUGCCGUGAGUCGGCCAACAGGAGGCCAGAGUUUGGGAAGAAUAAUAGCUAUGCGGGAAGAUCUUGGAAGUGCAUAUGUCUUGGAAUUACAUAGGAGUUCUGGAGGAUUAUUUGGGUUUUUUAUUCAAAAGGGUUAUCAGCAGUACAAGAAAGGGGUGUUUGUUAGUCGAAUAAUGGACUGUGCCUCUUCAAAGUUUAUGGCUGGUCUGUUAAAUCCUGGAGAUGAGAUCCUUGAUAUAAAUGGAGAAAGUACUGCAAGCAAGACAAUGUCAGAAGUACACAAUAUUCUUGCAAAUUCAGACAAACUUGUUUUGACUGUGUUACCAUUUCUUGGACGUAAGGAUUGGUAACCAUUGCAAAGUUCUUUGGAAAAUGAAGAACUGAAAUUUAUCUCUUGCAUAACUUAUUAACAAUUUGUUUUAAUGACAGUUUGAUGACAGACAACCAAAUUGAACUGGUUUGGAUACAGUGUGACUCUCGUAGUUGUAAAUUAUUUCACAGUGAGUGUGAUAACAUACCAAGGUUAUUGCAUAGAUUUUCAGUGUGGGUAACAUUUUAGUUGCAAAUUAAAAAGGUGGAAAAUUCAUAUUAAUGUUAAGAUUUUGACCUUGAGUAAAUUUUUCAAUUAAUUUAAUGAGGAAAACUUGAGAAAAAAUAGGAAUGGGCUUGAUUGUGUUCCAAAUAAGUGCUCUCUAAUGGGAGGUCUGUCACAGUCAAUGCAAUUUUGUUAAUUUUUCAUAAUUUUUUAAAAUUGGUCUUUUGCAGAUUCCUCACCACAACAAUUUUUUCUGUCCUUAAUUGUUCUCAUUCCUUUGUUAUCAAAGUUAUGCUUCCCAAUCACAGAGGUCUAAUUAGUCCACUGAACUCUGGAUUGAAAAGGGUUGAGUUUGAAAUUGUGUUCAUGUUCUCUACUCUCACACAACCCAGGGCCAAGUUGUUCAAAGCUGGGUUAAGAUAACCUGGGGUUAGUGUGAAAUUUGAUUUUAGAUUUGAAAGCUUGAAGAGCCAAUUCAGUUUAUUUCUUUUUUACUACAAUUUGAUAAUUGAAUGCUCUAAAAACAAUGGCUAAAAUUAUUCCAAAACGGCUUUUGAACAGAGAAAUAUAGAAACCUGGAUUAAAAUCUAACCCUGGGUUAGCACUAAUUGGCCUCUGAACAACUGGGUCCAGGAGUAUAUGUUAAUAACUGCUGUGUGGCUGGGAGACAUAAUAAAAAUAUGAGAGUAACCAGACAUCUUGCUCAGCUGGAAGUAGCUAUACUGUGGGAUAAGCUUUGGCAGGGAAGCCAGGGCCUCUGACUUGAAAGCUAACUUCUGUAUUUUGGUGUUUUUCUUUCUUACUAAAGUAAUGUUUUGAGGUUUUCCUUUAUUUAUGUUACAAUGGACAAUUUAAUGUAUCAAGAAAUGGUACCUUGGAGGACUAAUACCUUUCAUUGUAAAUAUUUAUUUAUUUUUACAACAAAUCAUGAAUUAAUUUAUUAUAAUUGUUAGCUGUGAAUUACAUUUGGAAUUUGGAACAGCAAGUAACAUUGCUGUUAUUUUUUAAUGAAUAUGUUGUACAUAAUGUAAUCAGGUGAAAAGAGAGAAUGCAGUUGCUAUCACUCUUUACUUUGCCACAAGCACAAAAUGUGGUUGUAUUAUUUAAAAGAUUUAACUUUAUUUAUUCUUCUCCAUCCAAUAUUAAUGCUUUCAAUAUUAAUGUAUAUAAAGCAAUUUAUCAAAGUAUUUUUUUGGGCCUAUUAUUUUUGUUGUGGCUCACUGACAGUUCAG